AUGGCAGCUAUUCCGCACCCCUUGUCGGCCCUGUCUCUGGAGGAGACCAAUAAGGCCCGAGACAUUGUGCUCGCUGCGCACCCCGGCUCCGUCCUCGAUUUCAGACAGAACUACCUGUGGGAACCACCAAAGGCUGAGGUCCUCAAGUUCCUGGACCUCGAGCACUCAGGCAAACUCACAGCAUCAUCACCGAGACCGGCGAGAUGCGCCCAGGUAUUCUACGAUGUCAUUGGUGGCGCGACCAAGGCCCAGUACUUCGAGUCCAUCGUGGACCUGGGUCUCAGGAAGAUUGUUGAUCAGAAGCUUAUCGGUUCCGAGCACCAAGCGAGUUUGACCAUCUACGAGUUCGAGGUCCUGGCUGAUGCCGUCCAGCGCUCCCCCUUAUUCAAGGAGAAGAUCGCUGAGCUCAAGCUGCCAGAGGGCUUCGAGGUCGUCGUCGAGCCGUGGCCCUACGGCGCCCCUGACGCCGCAGAUGGCGACAACCGUUUCUUCCAGGCUCUCAUUUUCGCCCGGGACACAAGAAGUGGAAACCCGGACUCCAACUUCUACGCCUACCCCCUGCCUUUGAUCCCUGUCAUGGAUGCGCACAAGAAGGAGAUCGUGCGCAUCGACGAGCUUGCUACUGGUGGUAAGGGCGAUGCCCUGUCCGGGAGGACACACGCCCCCACGAUCAUCGACCACUGCCAGGAGAGCGAGUACGUGCCUGAGCUACUGCCGAACGGCACGCGGAAGGAUCUCAAGCCCUUGACGGUGCAGCAGCCUGAGGGCCCCAGUUUCUCCAUCACCGAUGGCAACUUGAUUGAGUGGCAGAAGUGGCGCAUGCGCGUUACCUUCAACCCCCGUGAGGGUGCUGUCGUCCACGAUGUGCGAUACGAUGGCAGACCGGUCAUGUACCGUCUUAGCAUGAGUGAUAUGACUGUGCCCUACGCUGAUCCUCGCCCGCCGUUCCACCGCAAGCAGGCUUUCGACUUCGGUGAUGGUGGUUUGGGUAACGCUGUUAACAACCUGACUCUGGGCUGUGAUUGCUUGGGUGUCAUCAAGUACUUCGAUGGUGUUCUCAUCGACGGCAAGGGUGCGGCCGUCGAGUCCAAGAACGUCAUCUGCCUCCACGAGCAGGACAACGGCAUCAACUGGAAGCACACCAACUGGCGCACCGGCCGCGCCGUGGUCACUCGCCGCCGCGAGCUGGUCAUCCAGUUCAUCAUCACCCUCGCCAACUACGAGUACAUCUUCAACUUCAAGUUCGACCAGGCCGCCGGCAUCGUCGUCGAGGCCCGCGCCACCGGCAUCGUCUCCGUCGUCAACAUCGACCCCGGCAAGACCAGCCCGUGGGGCAACGUCGUCAGCCCCGGCGCCCUCGCGCAGAACCACCAGCACGUCUUCUGCGUGCGCAUCGACCCCUCCAUCGACGGCAACGAGAACACCGUCGUGCAGGAGGAGAGCCUGCCGCUGCGCAUGGACUCGCGGACGAACCCCAACGGCAACCUCUACGAGGUCAGGCAGACGCAGGUCACGACCUCGGCGGGCUUCGACGCGGCGCCGAUGAACAACCGCGUCUUCAAGAUCCAGAACCUCAGCAAGCCUAACCCUAUCACGGGCAAGCCUGUCGGCUACAAGAUCACGCCGCCGGCGACGCAGCUGCUGCUCGCCGACCCCAACAGUGUUCAGUCCAAGCGUGCGCUGUUUGCCCGCCACCACCUGUGGGUCACUAAGUACAAGGACCACGAGCUGUUCGCUGGCGGCCGCUACACCCUGCAGAGCAAGCUGGAGGUCGGCGGUGUCAAAGACGCCGCGGACAGGAACGAGGAUGUGCUGAACCAGGAUGUUGUCCUCUGGAGCGUCUUUGGUUUGACACACAACCCUCGUAUUGAGGACUGGCCCGUCAUGCCCGUUGAGAUGCUGCAAUUGCAUAUCACGCCGUCCGACUUCUUCACCGGAAACCCGGCUCUUGAUGUGCCUUCAGACAAGGACAUUGGAUCCAAGCUGACCUCUGGAUGCUGCGCCAAGGAGACGCCCAUCCGAAGCAACCUGUAG